GAGCGCAGUGUGCUCCCCCUCUCUCCGCUCCCAGCCUGUGGCUGUGCGCUCUGGGAUCUCCAAUAAAGGCAACAAGAAGCAGAUAAACGCCGGCGUUUAUUUCCCGAAUAAUAUUUCAUUUUUUUCUGUGCCUUCCAGUUCGACAACUACAAACUAGAUCGAGUGACUGUCAGUGUUACAGACCAGGAUUACUUCCAUGUUACUAGAGUCACAAGGUUUGGUAAUUAAAAACAUGAAUAAAAUCACACAAGAUGAUGACAUCUCACAAACAGAACGGGAGCUUACUUCACCGCCCUCCCCAAAACGACCUAGAGUGGACUGUACAGUGAUGAAUGACCACAGUGGGUUAAGCAGGUUCGACUUUCCAGAGCUUUUGACAUUUAGGAAAAGUAGUAGUUCCCCAUCAUCAGCAAAUACCUUGGUGGAAAAUGAAGGCCUGAUUAGCACAGUUGAAUGCCUGGAAGAUGAAAAAUCUCAGGAGCAACCAAAAGACACUAAGUUUAACAUCACUACUGCUACUGAGCUGGCAUUGUACAAUGAGAGUACACACAUGGGAUCAUCCAAAGUGUGUGUUAUUCCUGCUGAGAGCUAUCUACUCCUUCUGGGGAGAGAGGAGCAGUCUCUAGUUACUGAAAGAGACAAGCUCAGCUUUUACCAGUCAGAUGAUACAAAUGGGUCUUUAGGAGAGUCUAACACAUCCAGUCAUUCUGAUGGCAGACUACUGGGAGCAUCCCUUAGAGAUGAAAUCCCUGGUGGUUGCAGUCCUUCCACUGGAAAUGAAAAAGAUGGAAGACAGGUGCAAAGAAAUACCAGUGAAAUGCAGGCAGUAAACCUUACUUCAAGAAAUGAGGAGCUCAGAUGUCAGCCUAAUUGUACUUAUAAAGAAAAAGUCUGCGACAUAAGUUUCUCUAAUACAAGGAGCCAAUUUGCUGAAGUUGUAGAGACUAAUCAGAAGAGGGCGGAACCUGAACUUAAUGAGAAUAUUGUUUUCACCAAAGAAGAUGGUAAGAUAUCUUCCAGUGAUUAUGCAGAUUCUAAACUGCUCCACUCAAACCCUGCAGAAGACCCCUCUGGGAACUUGGUAGAAGUUGGAAAAGGAAAAAAUGAUUUAGAAUUACAGUUCUGUGAGAAUGAAAACGUUUCUGUCUGUGAUGCAGAAACAGAAGGCCAAGUUAAUGACAACGACAUGUGUGAAGCCCUCACCCCUUCUGCUGCUGACUGUGGUGAAAGAUCAAUUCUUUCUCAUGAUGCGGCAUUAGAAAGAAAUGUUGCAUUCGAGAAUAUGAAUCUCAAAGUUGAUGACCUCUGUGAGGCGAAAAGAGAGGAUGGUGCUUGCAAGAUAAUAGCUAAAGCUCAGAGUGAGACGGCUGAUCACACAACAGAGACUACAAUGCCAGCUAGAAUCAGCCAAGAGCCAGCUGAAGGAGAUAAUGAUGACGGCCCUCUCGGUGUAAUUGACCCUGCAAUCCGUAGUGAAACUGACAGGGAAGCUGAAGAAAACUGCUGUAACUCAGCAAGCGCUGCAGGUGCCAAAUUAUCUCCAUCAGUAGACGUCUGCGAGAUGGAAACGCCUCUUCCACUCUGUUCUGACAUGAGGCCAUCGCAAAAAGUUUCAUCUCCUGAGCAGACAGAGCAUUUUAUUUAUCAAAGCAGGACAUGGCAUCAGGAAGGUGAAAAUGAUGACUUCUGCCAGCCAAGACCACAGUCUUAUUCCAUCACCACAAAUGGAAAGCACGACAAGGCUUUCAGUGAAGGCAUCUGUCAGUGGAAAUCCAAUUCCAGCAAGAGUCCUACAAAGCCUCUCCCUCCUGGGGAUGAUAAAAGCCAUGGUUCCAUGGGACAUGAGCUGAAAGAGCAGAGUCAGUCCAGCUGUUUCUCUGUCAGGCUUGACCACCUGGAGAUGCAGGAGGUCAAACAUUCACAGGGAGAAACUGACAGCAUGGACACAACAGCUGAGAUAAAAGAAGGAGAAGAAAUUUUAAGUUUUGUGAAAGAAUUGGAAAGUGGUGAACAUAUGAACUUAAAGAAAACAGUGGAGUUAAAGGAAAAACCUCUGCUAAAGAAUGAACAACACAAAGAUGACACAACUGAUUUACCUACUUGCGAUUGCAAUACUGACUGGACCAAGGGUGAAACACAUGAACGGGAGAGCGAUUUAAAACUUACUGAAGGCGAACAAGGAAACGAGCUUGAUGGUUUGUUUGACCAACCAUUCAGUGCUGAUAUUUCCAUGACAGAUGUGGAGGAGGAGGAAAGAAAAGAGGUGACAAAAGUUAGAGACAAAAUGAAAACUGAUGGGCCUGAAAAAUCAGAGAUACUGGUACAAUCUGAGGAUUAUUUUCAGCAGCAAAAUGAACACAAAGCAGAUAUGACUGAAGUGUCGUCUGGUGAAGGCAUUGGAGAAUGGCGAGAGUGGAGAAAAUUGCCCAUGGGCAGUGAAGAUGGCCAAGAACACAAGCCUAGUUGUUUCUCUGAUUGCCAAGACAAAGCUGAAAAAGAAGCUGACUUUUUGGCCUUCAGUUUUUCUUCAACAAGUGAUGCAGUUGUACCAUGUCAGGGCAAUUUAAGCCAUUCACACGAGGCUCACAAUAAUCCCACUGCCCUAAACUGCAGUGACAGAUUUUCCCCAUUGCCAUCUGCUUUCACUCUCUACAACCGAGUGCUGGAGGGGUUUGACACUUUCGAAAAGAUCCAACUCUCACCAGAUGAUGAUGAUGACACCGCUGGUGUGGGUAACAUCCCUGUCCUCAUCGGCUUGCCCGGACAGCUGCUGCAAACACCCGAGCGACCGCUAUACCACUUUAUGUCAGUGGCAGAGAGUGACAUGCAUGAGGAGAUACCAAAAGGGGAGGAGGAGGUGGAAGGAUCUGAGUGUCACACUGAGAAUAUGGCAAACGGGUUUCUUAGCAGUGAUUCCGCUUGUAAUGAAGUCCCAAACUUUAUCUCAGCAGCAGAUGCCAUUGCUCUCGGAUGGCCCGAGCGACAGCCUAACUGUGAAUCGGUCCGUGAGUCCUCUGAACACAUUCAGGAUGAAUUAAACCCAACGUUAGCAUCCUCCUCUGUUACCACUGAGAGCGACAGCUCUGCCUCUGGUGUGAACGGCUGUGCUGAGUUGGAAAUGAAAAAACGGUUCGACUUGGUCUUGAAGGAGCUGAAUUUGUUUUUUGAGAUCAGUAGAAAUGAUUAUGAAAGCGACUGCGGGCCAAACUCUAUCUCGCCGGAGCAGUGUACCGACAAAACUAAAGCCUUGGAGGGCAACGCUUCAGAAUACACAGAACACCUCACCAGCCCAGACGUGGGAUGCUGCAGAGACACAACAUCAGAUGAUGCUGAUGAAGACCGCAGCCUGGACAUAUGUGGAGGUGAUUCUGUGGUUUUUCGGACUGCCGUCAGCAGCGAUGGCGAGCAGGAGGUCCCUCUUAGCAGACGCCUGUGCCAGGAAGCAUCCCAGGAAAUUGCAGAGAAGCACAGAGAGCCCCGGGAGGUGGAGCAGAAUGGGAAAGUGUGGUCUCCUUCCUUCAUGUGUCUUCCUCUUUUAGAACAACUGAGCCACAACCCACCUGAGCAGCCCAGGAGAUUGGAGCCCCUGAAAACAUGCACACGGCCAAUCCGGGUUGGACUUUCAAAGAGAGCCAAGACCAAACAGCUGCACCGCCCCCACCCCUAUAAAUGAACUUUGUACAUGCAGUCAAGGGGACGUGCAUGAGCACAAAUGAGCUUUUUUGAUGCAGUGUUCAAGAACUGAAAUGUUAACUUUGGAUACACACUGUUCCUUUUUUCUGCUUUUAGCCACUGUUGGUUUUUCCUGAGUUGUUAUGGUUUCCAUACAUUUUGACUACCCCCUUAUUAAAAGACGCUCAAUUCCAAAAAAAAAAAAGUCCUUUCAUUUACAUUCCUUCAUAAAAGAAUCCGGCACAAUCAGUGAGCAGCUCGAGCACAGGGAUGAAGAAAAAGUGCCUUGCUCAUUUACCCACAUUUUCCCAACUAGAAAAAUACUCACUUACAUUAUUUAUUUAUAGAUUAUUGGCAUUAUUAUAGAUUAUUUAUAGAUUCCUUCAUAUGCAGUAUUGCUGUGUACAUAAGACAUUCAUAUUUGAAUUUAGGUUUGUUACAUAUAAUUGGUCCUGAAGUGUUUUACUGUUGAUGUGUUGAUACAGUGUUCUAAG